AGAGCCCUAACCUAUACAGCUCCUACCUCCCUUCCCUCGAGGUACCCCCCUACCCCUCCCUUCCCUCUCUUCCCCUCCCCUCCCCCCGCCAUGCUCAAGCUGUGGAAGGUGGCACGCCCAGCUCGACAGCUGGAACUGCAUCGCCUCAUACUGUUGCUAAUCGCUUUUAGUCUGGGCUCCAUGGGCUUCCUGGCUUACUACGUAUCCACCAGCCCCAAGGCCAAGGAACCCUUGCCCCUGCCCUUGGGAGACUGCAGCAGUGGGGGGGUAGCUGGCCCUGGCCCGGUACGGCCUCCAGUCCCGCCCCGGCCUCCCAGGCCUCCAGAGACAGUUCGAACUGAACCUGUGGUCCUUGUGUUUGUGGAGAGUGCAUACUCACAGCUGGGGCAGGAGAUUGUGGCCAUCUUGGAGUCCAGCCGUUUCCGUUACAGCACCGAGCUGGCACCUGGCCGCGGGGACAUGCCCACACUGACUGAUCAUAGUCGUGGCCGCUUCGUCCUGGUCAUUUAUGAGAACCUGCUCAAGUAUGUCAACCUGGAUGCCUGGAGCCGGGAACGGCUAGAUCGGUACUGUGUGGAGUAUGGUGUGGGCAUCAUUGGCUUUUUCCGAGCCCAUGAGCACAGCCUAGUGAGUGCCCAGCUCAAGGGCUUUCCCCUUUUUCUGCACUCCAACCUGGGGCUCCGGGACUACCAAGUGAACCCUUCUGCCCCCCUGCUGCAUCUCACACGCCCCAGCCGCCUGGAGCCUGGGCCGUUGCCUGGCGAUGACUGGACCGUCUUUCAAUCCAAUCACAGCACCUACGAGCCAGUGCUUCUUGCCAGCCUUCAGUCAGCUGAGCCUCCUGUGCCGGGAUCGGUGCCUCGCCGGGCGCGACUCCCCACUGUGGUACAAGAUCUGGGACUUCAUGAUGGCAUCCAGCGGGUGCUCUUUGGCCAUGGCCUGUCCUUCUGGCUCCACAAACUUGUUUUUGUUGACGCUGUCGCAUACCUCACUGGCAAGCGGCUCUGCCUGGACCUUGACCGCUACAUCUUGGUAGACAUUGAUGACAUCUUUGUGGGCAAGGAAGGUACCCGCAUGAAGGUGGCUGAUGUUGAGGCUCUGUUGACCACCCAGAACAAACUCAGGACCUUAGUCCCCAACUUCACCUUCAACUUGGGCUUCUCGGGCAAGUUCUAUCAUACCGGGACAGAGGAGGAGGACGCAGGGGAUGACAUGCUGCUGAAGCACCGCCGUGAGUUCUGGUGGUUCCCGCACAUGUGGAGCCACAUGCAGCCGCACCUGUUCCACAAUCGCUCGGUGCUGGCUGACCAGAUGAGGCUCAACAAACAGUUCGCUCUGGCAUCCCCACCCUCUUUCCCCUCUACUCACCAAACUUCACCAGGUCCUGGUGAGAGUCUAUGCCAUUCCCAGGAGCAUGGGAUUCCCACGGAUCUGGGGUAUGCUGUGGCCCCCCACCACUCGGGUGUGUACCCCGUCCACACGCAGCUCUACGAGGCCUGGAAAUCUGUGUGGGGCAUCCAGGUGACCAGCACUGAGGAGUACCCUCACCUCCGCCCUGCCCGCUACCGCCGUGGCUUCAUUCACAACGGCAUCAUGGUGCUGCCACGGCAGACAUGUGGCCUCUUCACUCACACCAUCUUCUAUAAUGAGUAUCCUGGAGGCUCUCGUGAACUAGACCGGAGCAUCCGAGGUGGAGAGCUCUUUCUGACAGUACUGCUUAAUCCGAUCAGCAUAUUUAUGACCCAUCUGUCUAAUUAUGGAAAUGACCGACUGGGCCUGUACACCUUUGAGAGCCUGGUGCGCUUUCUCCAGUGCUGGACCCGGCUGCGCCUGCAGACCCUUCCUCCCGUCCCUCUUGCACAAAAGUACUUUGAACUCUUCCCUCAAGAGCGAAGUCCCCUUUGGCAGAAUCCCUGUGACGACAAGAGGCACAAAGAUAUCUGGUCCAAGGAGAAAACCUGUGAUCGGCUCCCCAAGUUCCUCAUUGUGGGACCCCAGAAGACAGGAACCACAGCUGUCCACUUCUUCCUGAGCCUGCACCCAGCUGUGACCAGCAGCUUCCCCAGCCCCAGCACCUUUGAGGAGAUUCAGUUCUUCAGUGGCCCCAAUUACCACAAGGGCAUUGACUGGUACAUGGACUUCUUCCCUGUCCCUUCCAAUGCUAGCACUGACUUCCUGUUUGAAAAAAGUGCCACCUACUUUGACUCAGAAGUUGUACCACGGCGGGGGGCUGCCCUCCUCCCACGAGCCAAGAUCAUCACUGUGCUCACCAACCCUGCUGACAGGGCCUACUCCUGGUACCAGCACCAGCGAGCACAUGGAGACCCAGCCGCCCUGAACUAUACCUUCUACCAGGUGAUUUCAGCCUCCGUCCAGGCCCCUCUGGCACUUCGCUCCUUGCAGAACCGCUGUCUUGUCCCUGGCUACUAUUCUACCCAUCUACAACGCUGGCUGACUUACUACCCCUCUGGACAGUUGCUGAUUAUGGAUGGAGAAGAGCUGCGUACCAACCCGGCUGCUUCAAUGGAAAACAUCCAGAAGUUCCUGGGUGUCACCCCCUUUCGGAACUACACACGGAUCCUCAGGUUUGAUGAAGGGAAGGGAUUCUGGUGCCAGGGACUUGAAGGUGGGAAGACUCGCUGUCUAGGCAAGAGCAAAGGUCGGAGGUACCCAGAUAUGGACACUGAAUCCCGCCUUUUCCUUACGGAUUUCUUUCGGAACCACAAUUUGGAGCUGUCGAAGCUCCUGAGCCGGCUUGGACAGCCAGUACCGUCCUGGCUCCGGGAAGAACUGCAGCAUACCAGUCUGGGUUAACAUCACAGCCUCUGUACCAGCAAAACAGCCCGUUCCCUCAGGGGCAAGCCCAGAGAAGGGCCCGUACGGGGAUUUGAGUUGCCUGGCCCCUUCCCCUUCUACCUCAGUGGCCCCCAGUCCUGGGAUGGCUGAGAAAGGAAGGGCAGCCAUAGUUCUGGGGUCUGAUAGUCCCACAUUAUGGUACUAGCUCCUUUGACCCGUGGUCCUAGAAGGUAAGGAACUAGAGGCAGGGUAGAGAGGAAUGUUUUAAUCAAGAGAUUACCCGUGUCAUCCCCCCAGGAUAGCUGUACGUGGCUGUGGGAGGGACCCCCUUACUGUGGGAUUAAUGGGAUCUACCUGUGGCCCGGCCUCCCUAAUGUCAUUCACAUUGAAUGGGGAUGAGGUCCGACAGUGGCUCAUAGAGCUGAGUAUGAGCCCUAGCUGUGGGCUAGAAAUGUCCUUAAUAAACAUCCUUAUUUUUC